AUGGCUUCAAGUCCAGAUUGCGCCUCUGCCAUAUGCAACCACCUUAUUGUUGUCUGCUGCCAUGCCAUUUAUACCGGAGGCUCAAAGCUUGGUGCCUCAGAGGACGAGUGGCUGGUUGAGCCCUUCCAAAGGGGAGAAACACCCACGUUCAUCGAUCAUAUCAAAGCCGGAUUGAAAGCUCUAGCGGAAGACUCGCAUAGCUUGCUUGUGUUUUCUGGAGGGCCUACCAAGAAGCCUAGAACUGAGCUCAGUGAAGGCCAAUCUUACCUUAAUUUGGCCAGGGAUAACGACUACUUCCAAGACACGCCCACUAUCUCCACAAUUGACCCAUCAAGAGUCAUCGCAGAAACCAACGCCACAGAUUCAUAUCAAAAUCUAUUGUUUUCUCUAAUUCAGUUCCGGGUAUACACAGGCGUUUAUCCACAGAGGGUCACAGUUGUGACGCACGAGUUUAAGCGCGCUCGAUUCAUGCAGUGCCACUUUCCGGCUGUGGGACUCGUACCUCUUGGCCCGGAACAAGAAGACUACACAAACAAGGUUGCUGUGAUAGGUACCAAUCCGCCAGUGGAAGUCACGUCACCCGAGAGCUUGACUCGAGGUGAGGCUGUAAAUGGUAUUGGUCUUUGGAGAGAAGAUCUUUACGGAGUGAACCCAGAUCUGGCAGGUAAAAGGGCGAGACGAGGCUGGUCUCCUGGAAUGGAAAACGAUAUAUUCUCCCAUCUGGGACUGGAAAGUGUGGUGCUGGAUCUAAUCCGCUAUGAUGGGGGUGGUCAUUGCAAUAAGUGGUUCCCGAAGCGAGAGAGCUUGCCUUGGUCUUAUACUAGACAUGAUACAACUGAGCGGCCUUGA